UCAGUCGUCGUCGUGCUGCCGAACUGUUUAUGUCGAUGAAACGUUCUUCUGAAGGACCAAAUACGCGAUACCCCGCGAAUCCUCGACCGCCUUUUUACCGUUUUUUUUUGUUGUUUUCAAUAUUUUUUUGCAACACCAUCGAGUGAUGUCCAUUUUUGUGUUUACUGUUUACCCAUCUAGUGCCUGAAACCAUUUCGUGUUUUGUAGCGUGUACUUUUUUAAGUGCAAAAAAAAUUUUGGAUUUUGUGCACCCCUCGAAAAAAGGAUAUACAUAUUUAACCAAAAAUUUAUACGUGCUCUGAAUGUGUUAAUUGUUGUGAUAAGGAUUUUAUUUAACUUCAUACAAUAACGUUUUUUUAAUAAAUCCAAAAUCUACAUCGCAUGCUUUUUAAAGGAUGAAAACGGUCGCUGAGAUGUUGUAGAAAGGAUUUUUUAAACUCUAAAUAAGGAAACGAGACAAUCAUACGAAUAGAUGGCACCAGUGCACAAGUUUCUGCUGCUCCUGUUGCGGAUGGCCGGUUGCGUCCUAGUGGCGCACGGUUACAAGGAGCAGAAGUUUGCGAUGGAACCCCAGGAUCAAACCGCUGUAGUAGGAUCGAGGGUAACACUUCCUUGCCGAGUAAUUAAUAAAAGUGGUCAUUUGCAAUGGACGAAAGACGAUUUCGGACUCGGGACGCAUAGAAAUUUGAGCGGAUUCGAAAGAUACGCUAUGAUUGGGAGCGAUGAAGAAGGAGACUUUUCCUUGGACAUCUACCCUGUGAUGCUCGAAGAUGACGCAAAGUACGAGUGCCAAGUGUCGCCGGGUCCAUUGGGACAACCGGGGAUUCGAAGCCACGUGGCCACCAUCACCGUUCUUGUCCCACCGGAUUCCCCAAAGAUUGUGCAGGGAGAUUAUCUGAUGACGACAGAAGACCGCGAAAUCGAGCUUGAAUGCGUAAGUUACGGUGGAAAACCGGCUGCGGAAAUCACGUGGAUUGACGGUAUGGGAAACGUUCUCGCCGAGGGUAUCGAGAACAUCGUAGAAGAGCUUUCGGACGGCAGACGUUUCACCGCUAAAAGCAUUUUGAAACUUACGCCCAGAAAGCAACACCAUAACACGACAUUUACUUGUCAAGCGCAAAACACGGCCGAAAGGACACAUAGAUCUGCAAAAAUGAAAUUGGAGGUGAAAUACGCUCCAAAAGUAACAGUCAGUAUUAUUUCUGGAACUGCACCAAAUGGAAGAAUUCCAGAAGGAGCGGAAGUACAUUUGGGUUGCCACGCGGACGCAAAUCCUUCAGUUGUAACUUAUAGGUGGUUCUUAAACAAUGAACUCUUAGUGGGUGAUUACACGACUGAAUUAAUUUUGCAUAAUGUAACAAGAAAACACCACGACGCCAUCGUAAAAUGCGAGGUGCAAAACGAUGUUGGGAAAAGUGAAGAAAGUGAGACCCUUGAUAUAAGUUAUGGUCCCCAAUUUCGUAAUAAACCAAAAUCGGCCCAAGCAGAUUUAGAUUCAAGCGUAACGUUAUCUUGUGACGUUGAUGGUAAUCCAAUACCCGAUAUAACUUGGAUUCAACAAGAGAAAAACAAAGUGGUCAGUACGAGUCCAAAUUUAACGUUGAGAGUCGAUGGUGAAACAGCCGGAAGAUAUUAUUGUAAAGCUCACGUUCCUGGAUUCCCAGAAGUCGGCGCUGAAGCCUCCAUUUACCUCAAAGGACCACCAUCAAUAAUUAGUCACAGGACUCAAUUCGGAGUUGAAGGCGAUAACGUUCGCGUCGAAUGCACAGCCUUUUCAAUUCCAGCUCCGGAAAAAGUCGUUUGGACUUUUAAUGGACGCGAAAUUGAUUUGCACAAUAGCGAUUAUUCGAUUUUGGAGGAUCCGCUUCCGGAAGGUGUUAAAUCAACGUUAAUUAUUAGAGAAUCUCAAGAAAGACAUUUUGGUGUUUAUAAUUGUAGUGUUGUUAAUCCGUAUGGAAGCGAUAUGGUUGAGAUUAAUUUAAGGCCACAAAAAAAUUUUCCAAUAAUAAUGGUAACAGCUGGAAGUGUCGCUUUAGGAAUCGUCAUUGUUAUUAUCGCUCUAAUAGUUUGCCUUUAUAAUAGGCAAAAUCAUAAAAAGCCUCCUCCAGAAGGAGGAGAUGUUAAUACGAUGGAAAAACAGUGCAAAGAAUCCGAUCGUAGUUCAAACAUAUCCGAUUUAAAGUUGGAUUUAAGAACUGGAUCUUCAAACAGUAACAUGCACUGUGAUAUGGAUUAUAUUCCGGGAGAAUCCGAAACCGGGAGCGAGUCUGUUAUUACUAGAAUAGGUGUUCCAUUAGCCGGACCCGUUAACGUUCCUGGUCAAGAUUUGUACCGAUAUUCCUCCGAUUACACAGACCAACCCUUCCCUCCAAAAGAUGGCCAAAACAACAAUGGUUACGUCCCUUACGUAGAUUACUCAAGAGAUUACAACCCGCCAUUAAUGCAACCGCCCCCAAUAACCUCUUCAUUAGAUCACAGCAUUCAAUCGACGCGUCUUCAACUAAACUCAUUACAAAGUGGUCAUCAAAUUCCAGUUUCCGGGAGCGGAAUGCCGCUUUCCGAUCUGUCGGACAUUCAUCUAAACUCCUUGAAUGCAUCUCAUUCUCACGGCGGAAACGUUCCUAAUGGGAACAUCCCCGUCGGCGGGAUUGAUCCUCGUUUUAGUGCCACAUACGGUAAUCCGUAUUUAAGAAGUACGAACAUCGGCCUUCCAACUCCAAAUACGGCGAAUCCAGCCGCAACGCCGGCUCCUCCACCAUAUAGUAGAGACUCGACAAGAAAUAAUUUGAAUAUAAUAAAUUCAAGUGGUAUGGUGACUGCUAGUGCUAACGUGGUGAACACGGUGUUGGCCGCGAACGGUUCGAACGGGAGCAUUCCCCAAGUUACGAGACUUCCAAAUUCGCCUACGAGUCAAUAUAUUGUGCCGAACAGUAACGCGACAACAAUAAAACGGGGGACGAUGGCCACGCACGUAUAAUACACGUGUGCUGCCGAUAGGUUCUUUGCGCUUCGAUUGGAUACGAUUAAUGAAUCAGAUUGUUAAAUAAAAACGAUUGGUGAAAAACGGAUGGUUAAAAAAAUUUAUAAGAAUGAAUGGGAAAGAGUAAAAGAAAUUGGUGGUUAAAAGAAAAAAGACUGAUUAUUAAAAAAAUUACUUAGCAUGGAAUCGUUUUUAUGUUAGUUUUCGUCAAUUUUGUAAAAAAAAAGAAAAUAAAAACGCCGAGGUGUAUAUUUAUUAAUUUAAAAAAAAAUUGUAACGAAAAAAUCAGUUUUUUAAACGUCCUGUAAAGUUUAUAUGGGAAAGAUUUAUUACCUAGACAAUUAAAUUAAUUGAUGACUACGAAUUGUGAUUAAAAAUUAAUCGGAUAAUAGUACAGUUAUAUUAAUAGCUACCAAGAAAAAAAUUUUAUAUCAAAACCCCCAGAUUAAACUAAAACGUAUUUAAGGGUUAAUUUGGGACAAAAUAUGUGCAAGAAAAUGUGCAAUUUCUUUAUUGAUAGAAAAAAUAUUAUUCAAAAUUAACCCUUAACCUUCCAAUACAUGUGCUUGAGACUAUGAGUCCGCAAUUAUUAAUAGAAACGAUCGCCAAGCAAAAGAUAGCUGUAUCUGAAAAUGCACA